AUGGAGCCCUUUGAUCCUUUGAUAUAUAUAUUUCUCACGAUUCCUACCUAUUAUACCUUAUACCCCUACUACGGUUAUAUUCCUAAAGGGAAAGGAAAAGCCGCUAGUAUCCGGAAGCAUAUUAGAAAUAAGUCUAAUCGUAAAGCUUUUACUAGCGAUAACGCGGAUAGCGAUCAAGGAUCUACCGGUUCCGAUAAUUCUAACGACGAUAGUAGCGUUGGUCCUAGCCCUACGACGAAGGCCGCUACUACUACUAAGGCCGCUAGUAGUAAGGCCGCUGGUAGUAAGGCCGCUGGUAGUAAGGCCGCUGGUGGUAAGGCCGCUGGUGGUAAGGCCGCUAGUAGUAAGGCCGCUAGUGGUAAGGCCCCUGCCGGUAAGGCCCCUGCCGGUAAGGCCCCUGCCGGAAAAGCCCCUACUAGAAAAGCCCCUGCCGGUAAGGCCCCUACCGGUAAGGCCCCUACCGGUAAGGCCCCUACUAGUAUAGGCCCUGCCGGCAAAGCUCCUGCUGGUAUAGGCCCUGCCGGUAAAGCUCCUACUAGUGUAGGCCCUACCGGUAAGGCCCCUGCCGGUAAGGCCCCUGCCGGUAAAGGUAAGGGAAAAGCCGUAGCUAUCGGUAAUAGUGAUAGUGCGGGUGAUAGUGAUGGUAAUGGUGAUGGUAAUAGUGAUGGUGAUGGUGAUAGUAGUAGUGAUAGCGAUAGCGAUAACGAAGAGCAAGGGGAAGAGGAAGAGGAAGACGAUAACGAUACCUAG